GAAGUACGAGCCAACAGGGUACAUCUUAAAGAUCCGACAAAUAACUCGAUCCAACUUUUCGCCCUUGUUGCCCCUUUAUUUCCAUUUGGUUCUUCGCAAUUCGAUGCUGCCACAUGUAGUCCUGAACAACAAAUAGAAUUGCAAAAGAAGACUGCUCCAAAGUCUAUAAGUUCACCGAUACUUUCACCACUUUCUUCACCAGAAGGGGAAGGGUCCGACGGAGCUGCGCUUGAUGGUAAACGA